UUUUUGUUUAUUUGUUUGUUUGUUUUUGUUUAUUUGUUUGUUUGUUUGUUUGUACAUAUUUAUAUAAGCUUAUAUUUAUACACAUAUAUAAUAUGAAUCCAACUUCAACAUUAUUAACUCCUUUGAUAAAGGAUGAGGAAGUAGCAGUAGUAGCAGAAGAAGAAGAAGAAGUAAUACAUAAAAAAAAGGAGACGACAGAGUUACCGCCCAUUCCAGUUAUGAUGCGUCAUCCUCAUAUUAUUGCAUCUGUAAAACAAUAUCGUUUAGAAGCGCAGAAUGAACAAUUACAAACACAUAUUGUAUCUGAAUCUUUCAUUCCAAUGUCACCUAAUGUAAUGAAACCUCCUAGAAAAAGGCGACGGCCACCUUUCUCGUAUUCUUCUUUAAUAGUUCAAGCUAUAUUAGAAAGUGAAAAUGAACGUAUGACAUUAAGAGAUAUAUAUACCUGGAUUACUAAAAAAUAUCCAGCCUUAUAUAAUGCAGAAGAUACAGGAUGGCAGAAUACAAUUAGACAUAAUUUAUCUUUAAAUCGAUGUUUCAAGAAAAUACCAAAAUCUGAAUUAACGGGUAAUCAACAGCAUAGAGGAAAAGGAGGUUAUUGGACAAUAGAUCCGGUUUAUUUGGAAAAGUUUAAAAACGGCUCAUUUUCAACGAAAGGAACAGCUUCAUUAAUGAAACGAGAUAAUAACACCACCUUAUCUCCCUCACCUACUUUGCCAGAUACCCCCAUUUCCACAAUAGCACAAACAUACACUCCUACAACUAAAGAUGAAAGUAGUCAUUCUACAACAGAAAAUAUAAAUAACAAACCAUGUCCUAUAAUGCAAAUUCAUAAUUUAUUGAACUAGAAAGAAAGAAAGAAAGAAAGAAAGAAAGA